CGGCCACAGUUAACGUGAAUCUCGGCCAGCUCGAAGACGAUGGACGCGAAAACUUUGAUGCUGCUGAGCGCAGCCGUGGCCAUAUUCGCCUGCCACACGAUCGCACAGCCACAUUACGUUGAGGAGGAAUCGGAGGAGGAUUCAGAGGAAUGGUGUCCGCCCAAUGGCAACAAUACCAACAAUAAUAACAACACCAAUAAUAAUCCAAAUAGAACCGAACACGACUCCGCCCUGUGCGCCAAUUUCCAGCACAUUCGCGAUAUGAUCAACCAGACGGUGCUGCUCAACCUGAUCGAGGUGCACUACAAUUGCGACCUGAAGUUCCGCCGUGCCAUGCGGUACUACAACACGCCCGGAUUCGAGAAGACCACCCAGCAGCUCACGGAUACGAAUGCCUACCACACCGUUCUCCGGGAACUGCAGUCGGAGAGCGUGGAUGUCGCCGACAUCGAGACCGUUGCCGAUAUCUUCCACUGCAUCAUCCUGCCCGUCCGCAAGCCCGACCGCAACUGCGACUGCAAGGCCGUGAGGCACCACACCUUCGUUGGCGACCUGCUCGCCAUCAUGCCGCAGCAGGAGGUGCACAACUACGUGGCACAGUCGCGGGCGAACCUCACCAACUUUGGCAACUUCACCCGGGCGGUGGUCUCCAAGGAAUUCCAGGCCACGCUGAAGGCCAACAUUAACAAACGCGACGUGGUGAAGCCACUGCGCACCCUGCGCAAGAACGGCUGGAACAUCCCGGAGCUGCUCCGCGCCAUGCUGACCAUCUUCCAGUGGUGAGCGGAGCACUCGCAGCUGGAGUGCGGAGUAUUCAGUGUGCCCCCCAAUUGUAUGUAAGCCCAAUAAAGCAACAAGUGAAAGGAAA